GCUCCCGCUUACCAUCUCAUUUUAGAAGGAAUUCUGAUUCUGUGGAUAAUCAGACUUCUUUUCUCCAAGACGUACAAGCUUCAAGAGCGAUCUGAUUUAACACCUAAGGAAAAAGAAGAGUUGAUUGAAGAAUGGCAGCCAGAGCCUCUUGUACCUCCUGUGCCAAAAGAUCACCCAGCUCUCAACUACAACAUUGUUUCAGGUCCUCCUACCCAUAUAAUCACUGUUAAUGGCAAGGAAUGUAUAAACUUUGCAUCAUUUAACUUUCUUGGACUUUUGGAUAAUGAAAAGGUUAAGACUGCAGCCCAGGCAUCUCUGAAGAAAUAUGGUGUUGGCACUUGUGGACCUAGGGGAUUCUAUGGUACUUUUGAUGUGCACUUAGAAUUAGAAGAACGACUAGCAAAAUUCAUGAAGACAGAGGAAGCUAUUAUAUACUCUUACGGAUUUGCAACAAUUGCUAGUGCUAUUCCUGCGUAUUCAAAAAGAGGGGACAUUGUGUUUGUAGAUGAAGCUGCCUGCUUUGCUAUUCAGAAGGGAUUACAAGCAUCUCGUAGUAACAUCAAGUUAUUUAAGCAUAAUGAUAUGGCUGACCUUGAACAACUGUUGAAAGAACAAGAGACUGAAGAUCAAAAGAAUCCUCGCAAGGCCCGUGUAACUCGAAGGUUUAUUGUAGUGGAAGGAUUGUAUAUGAACACAGGAGACGUUUGUCCUCUUCCAGAAUUGAUAAAAUUGAAGUAUAAAUACAAAGUUAGAAUAUUUUUGGAGGAAAGCCUUUCCUUUGGUGUCCUUGGAGAACAUGGAAGAGGAAUUACUGAACACUUUGGAAUAAAUAUUGAUGAUAUAGAUCUUAUUAGUGCAAACAUGGAAAAUUCACUGGCUUCUAUUGGAGGAUUUUGCUGUGGAAGAUCUUUUAUUAUUGACCAUCAGCGAUUGUCUGGUCAAGGCUACUGCUUCUCUGCAUCCCUACCUCCUUUGUUAGCUGCAGCUGCUAUUGAGGCUCUGAAUAUUAUGGAAGAUAAUCCAGACAUUUUUCGGACUCUCCGGGAUAAAUGUGAACGAAUUCACAAAGCUUUACAGGGGAUCUCUGGCUUAAAAGUAGUGGGAGAAUCUUUUUCACCAGCAUUGCACCUACAGUUGGAAGAAAGCUGUGGAUCUCGGGAAAAUGAUGUAAAGUUACUCAAAAGAGUUGUGGAUUAUUGCAUGAAUAGUGGUAUUGCAUUAACUCAGGCCUGCUAUCUGGAGAAAGAAGAAAAAUGUCUUCCUCCACCCAGUAUUCGAGUAGUGGUAACAGUGGAACAAACAGAACAAGAACUGGACAAAGCUGCAUCACUUAUUAAAGAAGCUGCACAGUCUGUAUUGAAUUAGACUGCUGGAUUGGAUUCCUCUUUCCCCAACUUACCAGGUUGUGUUUUACACUGUGUAGUGACUUCCA